AUGGCAAAGAAAGGCAUCUUGAUAUUGGUUUUAAGCAUAUUUUUAGUUGGGAGCAUAUUAGGUAGGAAAUUAGCAGAGAGCGAUGCACUGACAAAUGGUGGACAUAGUCCUUUGAAACCACUCUUUACUCAAAAGAAUGGUGAUCUUCCUGGUAUACCUUUACUAGGAGGAGUACCUGGCAGUAUUCCGGGUAUACCUUCAAUAGGAGGACUACCUAGCAACAUUCCAGGCAUACCUUCAAUAGGAGGACUACCUGGGACCAUUUCGGGGAUACCUUUAAUAGGAGGACUACCUGGCAUCAUUCCUGGUAUACCUUCAAUAGGAGGACUACCUGGCACCAUUCCGGGUGUACCUUCAAUAGGAGGAGUACCUGGCACCAUUCCGGGUGUACCUUCAACAGGGGGAGGACCUGGCAACAUUCCUGGUGUACCUUCAAUAGGGGGAGGACCUGGCAAUAUUCCAGGUGUACCUUCAAUAGGAGGAGUACCAGGUCAAGGACCCGGUGAUGUCCCCGUUGUACCUUCUGUAGGUGGAAACACUGGACCUGCAUACGGAGGCAUUCCUUAUAUACCUUCAACUGGGAUACCUGGACUUGGAUAUGGUGGUCUUCCAGGUAUACCUUGGUUAGGAGGAGGACCUGGCAAUAUUCCAGGUAUACCUUGGUUAGGAGGUGUACCUGGAGGAUAUGGAAUUGGUCCUGGAAUAGUACCUUUCGUAGGAGGUGGAGGCGGUGGAGGAGGUGGAGGAGGAAUAGGAGGAGGACUAGGAGGAGGAGUUGGGGGAGGAGUAGGAGGAGGUAUUGGAGGUGGUGUUUGA